CCACUUCCAUCAAAAUCCACGCAUCUGCAGAAAACAUUCACAUUCACUCACAUAUUGAAAUCCAGACAGAAAAAUCAGAAAAAAGCCUGAAAAAAUGGGAAAAGAUCUGAGCAAUGAUCAGGUUUCCUCAAUGAAAGAAGCCUUCACACUUUUCGAUACUGACGGCGAUGGCAAGAUCGCCCCGUCUGAGCUGGGAAUUCUGAUGCGUUCACUUGGAGGAAACCCGACUCAGGCCCAGCUCAAAUCCAUAAUCGCUGAGGAAAAUCUGAAUUCCCCGUUUGAUUUUAAUAGAUUUUUGGACCUGAUGUCCAAGCAUUUGAAGCCGGAGCCAUUUGAUCGCCAGCUAAGGGAUGCGUUCAAGGUGCUGGACAAGGAUGGUACUGGGUAUGUUGUUGUUUCGGAUCUCAGGCAUAUUUUGACGAAUAUUGGGGAGAAAUUGGAGCCCUCGGAGUUCGAUGAGUGGAUUCGUGAGGUAGACGUUGGAUCCGAUGGCAAGAUCCGGUACGAGGACUUUAUUGCCCGCAUGGUUGCCAAGUGAGAAGGAAUUUCACCGCCUUGUAGUCUGAAUGGUUGUAUUGUGCAUUCGGAAGAGCAGGAACAUGUCCUUUUUUUUAUAGUGUAGUUUUUCGUUUGGUGCGCUGAAGUGCAGUUUCAUUUGCCCGCAUAAUUCUGUUAUCUUGCCUUUUAUUCAUUGGCGGACAAUUUGUUGUUUGGAAGUUUGAAGGAAUAUUAUGUUUGGUUUCCCACAAUAUAAACCCAUAGUCACUAGAAUUUAGGACUUGUCUUUGAUGGUGAAACUGUGUGUAUAAUUUCAACUGAUUUACACCAUAAGAUGAGUGCUUCUUGUUUCUUGAUCUAUUUUCAUGCUAGGUUCUUUCGGAAAUGGUGUUUAAAGUUUAUUGA